UUAGCUCUUCAAAGCUUAAAACACUACCCUCAGCCCUUUUGGUUGGCUCUUUUUGUCGAGGGGACUCUAUUUACUAAAGCAAAGCUUUUAGCAGCUCAAGAUAGCAUCGUCAAUGGGGUUGCUUGUUCCUAGAAAUGUUCUAAUUCCACGAACAAAGGGGUUUGUUACAUCAGUGAGUCAGAUGAAAUCAUUUGUUCCUGCAAUUAUUGAUAUGACUGUUUCUAUUCCUAAAGAUUCAACUCCACCAACAAUGCUGUGGCUCUUUAAAGGCCAGUCUUCUGUGAUUCAUGUCAAAGUCACACGCCAUUCAAUGAAGGAUGUACCAGAAUCAGAUGAAGCUGUUGCACAAUGGUGUAAAGAUAAAUUUAUCGUCAAGGAUGAUGUAUUAGACCAACAUAAAAUAGCAGAUGCCUUUCCUGAUUCAGAACUCAUUGACAUCGGCCGACCAUUGAAGUCUCUAGUGGUGCUCGUUUCUUGGGUAUGCCUGCUUGUUUUCGGGUCCUUCAAAUUCUUGCAGUGGUCUGAUCUUCUAUCUUCAUGGAAGGGCCUCACAUUCACUGCAGUUGGGCUGGCAAUUGUUACCAUUUUAAUGCAUAUCUUGAUUCAAUUCUCCCAAUUGGAGCAUUCGACACCUACAAAGGUGUCCCCUGUGUCGUCUAGCAACGGUACUGUACUAGCAACGGUACUGUACUAGAAAAGAAUCCGCAAGUACAACAUCUUCUUGAAUGGAUUGACCAAAUCGCCAUUCCUCUUCAUUUAUGAACAGAUGUGUGUAGUAAAGAGCAGAAUGAAUAUAAAUCUAUCUUGUUAACAUUUUCAUCAGCUAGGUUCAGUUUAUGGUAGCGGUUUCAGUUUUAUGGUGUCUAUUUGACACUCCCAGUUUCAGAGAUUUCCGACAAUGAUGUUGAUGGUUGCGUUGAGUAAAGGUUGUGGCGGCUUUGAUUUUUCCAGUUCUGCAAUUGUUGGUUCGAACCAUGGUGGUUUUGUUGCUCACGACAGAGGUGGUAGUGAUGGUGGGAUGGUGUGGUUCGGUUGUUUCAGUAUUGUAUUAGUGUUACAUUAUAAACGUAACGAUUAAUAGUCGUCUUGUUCCCUUCAAUGAUUGGUC